CACCAUCUUAUCUACUCACCACCAUGUCGUCAGAUGAACCGUCUUACCCUGCGGACUGGGAAGCACGUUGCACGGCCAGAAAGAUGGCUCAGUUGGAAUCGAUACCAUCCGAAUGGCUUAUCCAGGCACCCCCCGUGUCUCAAGUGAACGUCACAGACGUCCCACGCCAAUGUGGAUUGUUGACCGCUUUAGAAUUGGAAAUCACGGAAACAACAGAUGUUCCAGUCAUUCUUGACAACAUCCGGACUAGUCUGUGGACGUCUGUUCAAGUAACGACUGCAUUCUACAAGCGAGCCGUCAUUGCUCAGCAGUUGACAAACUGCUUGACGGAAAUAUUCGUUGAGCGUGCGCUAGCUCGUGCAAAAGAACUGGAUGAAUAUCUUGCCACAACCGGCCGCGUCGUCGGGCCGCUCCAUGGACUGCCCAUCUCCUUGAAAGACCAAUUCUCGAUGAAGGGUCUCGAAACAAUCAUGGGUAGGUUCGGGAAGUCAGCAGCGGACUGUCGUUCAGCCCAGUGGCAGGAUACGCGAAAUGGAUUGGGCGCGUCGCAGAUUCUGACUGCGUCCUUGUUGAAAUUCUGUACGAAUGUGGAGCAGUCCCCUUUGUCCGCACGAAUGUUCCCCAAACGCUUAUGUGGGGCGAGACGAUGAAUCACGUGUUUGGGCGCACCCUAAACCCGUACAAUCUAUCGUUUACCCCAGGCGGCUCGUCUGGGGGCGAGGGUGCUCUCGUCGCCAUGAGAGGGAGCCCACUCGGUGUGGGGACUGAUAUCGGAGGAUCUUUGCGCAUACCGAGUGCUUUCUGUGGACUUUAUACUCUGCGACCUUCUUAUGGACGGCUGCCGUAUUUUGGAGCCAUGAACACACUGGAGGGCCAAGAAUCCAUCUCAUCGGUGCUCGGCCCGAUGGCCAACUCGCUCUCCGGGGUUAAAGUUUUCACGAAGGCGCUUCUUGAUGCACAGCCUUGGCUCAAGGAUCCUCUUGUCGUCCGAAAGCCAUGGAGCGAAAGCGAGUAUCGGCUGGAAGGACACGGGGACGGCCAGCAGCUUUGUUUUGCAAUCAUGUGGGACAAUGGCGUCGUCAAACCCCAUCCACCUCUCCACAGAGCGAUGGGAAUCGUCAAACGCGCGCUCGAAGCUGCCGGGCACCGAGUGAUCGAUUGGGAACCACACCGUCAUCUCGAGAUAUAUAAGAAUGCGGAAAUCAUUUUCGCAGCAGACGGGGGACACGACUUCCGCGAGCAGUGCGAAGGGAGCGAGCCUUUGAUUCAGACGAUGAGUCCGAUCACAGACUCGCGCGAGAAGGCUCUAGACGAGCCAUUGAGCAAAGCUCUCGUUGGCACACCCUACCAUCGGACGGCUUAUGAGGUGAGUCCAUCCUAGACCUGCUAGACGAGGGCUACGGUACCAGAUCUAUCAGUUAUGGCAACUUCACAAGGAGAAACGAGAACUACGCAAGUCCCACCUCGACCACUGGCGUGCGACCGCGUCCAAGACGGGAACUGGCAGACCUGUCGAUGCCAUCAUCUCCCCUGCAGUCGCGUAUCCUGCCGUCCCUCACGGCCAGAACACGUUCGCUCCUCGUUCCUCUGAUCCGUGCCGCUGGCUCAUGCAUGUUCAGGGAUUCGUUCUACACCACGUUGUGCAAUGCUCUCGAUUAUGCUUGCUCGGUCUUUCCUGUGACGUUCGUUGACCCAGAGCUCGAUGAUCCUCAUCCUCCUCACGAAUUCUACAACGAGGAGGAUGCCCACAUCUUCAAUCUCUGUGAUUUCCAUUCCGUUCCUUCUCCCGCACUGAUCUCAACGCGUUCAUUAGAUGCGGCAGACAUGUUCCCAGGAUGUCCCAUUGGGUUGCAGCUGAUUGGAGGCACGCAAGAGGAGGAGGCUGUGAUUGCCAUGACGGAGAUUGUCGAUAAAGCUCUGCAGAAUCUGAAGUGAAACCGAGCAGAGAAACAAUAGUAUCACCCAAAUGUACUACUAGAUAUACAGUCGAACGCUGGACCCUUGCCUUUUUGAUACAAUGUGUAGAAAGAAAAGAGCAGUACAUAGCAAUGAAACAGGAAGACUAGAUCCCGUCUUCGUCGUGGGCAGCUGCCUCGGCAUCGGCUUCGAGCUGGGCGAUGUCCUCCAGUUGCGCGGCAAGAAGCGCAAGCUGGCCCUGCAGCUCGGCUCUCGCGUGUUCCGCCAGGGAAAGCGAGACGGAUUCGCUUUUGACAGGCGACAUCCGUCUGGCUGCCUCGUCUUCCAGACUGAACACGGCGCCGAAGUUGAUGGUCUGCAGGAUUUUUUCCGCGGCCUGGUAGGCCGAAUUUGGGGGGACCGAUGGCUUGGGAGGUGGUACUUCGGUUGGAGGGAUCGGUCGCGGAGGUUCUGUGGGCGCAGCUGCGGGCGUUGGUGCGGGUGUCGGCUGGCUCGCGGGAUACGGCGACACGGGUGGCGGAGCAGGCACAAAUGCUUGCGGGGAGGGUCGUGGGAUGGGAGUGAACGGACUGGCGCCGUUCGGCAUCCGUGCUUGUUUUUGCAUCACGAUCGGAGUCGCGUUAUGUGUUUGUGGACGGCGAGUCGCGCGGCGGGUGGAGGA